AACCCACUAUAUAAGCACACAACCAGUGACACUGAGUAAGCAGCAUUCUCCUCUAUAUACACAUUUUCCCCUCUCGAAUUCGCUUUAUAAUACAAUGGCUCUUUCCCUGCGUCUAUUUUCGGCUCUUUUCAUGGCGGUGAUGCUCCUCAUGGCCAACGGAAUGGGAAUCGCAGAGGGCAGGACAUGUGAGUCCCAGAGCCACAAGUUCAAGGGAACAUGCGUGAGCCGGAGCAACUGUGCUAACGUUUGCAAGAACGAGGGCUUUCCCGGUGGCCACUGCAGAGGUUUCCGCCGUCGCUGUUUCUGCAUCAAACAUUGUUAACUUGAUUUGAGGAGCUAAGAGAGUAUGCUCGCAUGCACUUGAUUUUCCUGCUUGUUUACUGUAAUAAUGAGUUUUGUUCAAGGUUGUGUAAUUUGGGCUGUCAGCUCUACAAGUGUGUUUUAUGUUUGUAACUUUGAUUGAACUCUGGAGUUUCCAAGAAUUUACUUCUCUA